AUGCGCAAAACUUAUGCCUACAAAGGCCCUACCGUGGCCGCAAGCACUAGCAGGUACAAGCCGAAGGUACCACCCCCGCCACAAGCCAUGUCCAGCAAGACUAUUCCCCCAGGCGUACGACGACUCUCAUGGGUAGAAAUGCAAAAAUGGUGCAAGCAAGGCCUAUGCUUUAAUUGUAACAAAAAAUUUACUUUGGGUCAUAAGUGUAAGGUGGCCCAAGCAUUUCUGAUCGAAUGUGAACACCCACAGGAAUGGGACGGGGAAGAGGCAGAGCCUGACAUGCCUCUAGACUGGCCUGCAGAAGGCACUGAAGUAGACAUUGAAGAACAGCCAGAAGUAUCCCUACAUGCUUUGGUUGGUUCUUCCGGACCACAGACCUUGCGCAUCAUAGCCUGGUUGCGCAACAAAGAAGUCAGUCUGCUUAUUGACAAUGGGUCAACACAUAAUUUUAUCAGCACAAGGAUCGCCCAAAGAUUGCAAAUCCCAAUUACCCGCAUUGACUCUUUUCACAUGCGUGUGUCAAACGGGGUUGACAUCGUAUUGGGUGUGCAAUGGCUAUCCCAAUUGGGAAAAGUGGUGUUCGAUUACAAGCAACUCGCCAUGGAAUUCACACUCGGGGGCCGACAAGUAUGCUUGUUAAUGCAGCCUGGUCAUAGCCGUGCGAGGGAAGAAAUAGCAAUCGACAUUCAAGAGGUACUUGCCGAUUUUCCCUCGGUCUUACAAGAACCUACCACUCUACCACCAAGUAGGGCCUGUGAUCACUGCAUUGCCCUCAUAGAUGAGCAGCAGCCCGUUAAUGUACCCCCUUACAGGUACGCUCACCACCAAAAAGAUGAAAUAGAGAAGCAAGUAAAGGAAAUGCUCAACCAGAAUCUCAUACGACCGAGCAUGAGUCCUUUCUCUUCACCAGUCCUACUCGUCAAGAAAAAAGAUGGCUAUUACUGCAAAUUUGUGCGGCACUAUGGGAUUAUUGCCAAGCCAUUAACACAAUUUCUCAAGAAAGGUAACUUUCAGUGGACAGAUGAGGCAAACCAAGCUUUCACAGCACUCAAGCAAGCCAUGACAUGCACGCUUGUCUUAGCUAUGCCGGAUUUCUCCCAACACUUUGAAGUGCAUACGGACGCCAGCAAUAUUGGUAUUGGUGCGAUGCUAGUGCAACAAGACCGACUAGUGGCCUACCUCAGCAAGGCCCUUGGGCCAACUAAAGGAACAUGGUCCGCAUAUGCCAAAGAGAUGCUGGCCAUCAUUGAAGCAGUCCGAGUAUGGCGUCCUUAUCUAUUGGGGCAAUGUUUCAAGAUUGUUACUAAUCAGCAACCCUUGCGAUACUUAUUGGAGCAAUGA